GAUGGAUCUAAGCAGCCGGCUGCUCCUGUGGCAGCAGCUGUUCUCCAGCUGUGGACUGGUCACUCUUCAUCAGAGCCUUCAGCAGCUCUGGAUGCUGCUGAUGCUCUGUCUCCUCUGCAGGUUCACAUUCACACUCGGAAUUGGGUUGACUGCGAAACACGUGGUGUCGGUUCUGGUUGGGGUCUAUGGACUCUUUCUGUUCUUCGAGCUGCACAUGCUAUGGAUUCUACUGCUCAGUGUUUUGUGUUACUCCGUCCUCCUGCUCAGCAGGAACUCCAGCAGCAAAGGUCUCUUCAUGUCAGCCGUCGUCCUCACCUUUCUUCUCGUUGGAGAGUUGCAUGUAAUUGACGUAGUUACCUGGCAUAAAAUACGUGGCUCUCAGAUGGUGGUGGCCAUGAAGGCUAUUUCCAUGGCCUUUGACCUGGACAGAAGAACAAUGGAUCGCCUCCCGUCCUUACCUGAAUUCCUGGGUUAUGUUUUCUUUGUGGGUUCUUCGGUGUUUGGCCCGUGGAUCAGCUUUUCCACCUACAAGAGAGCAGUAGAUGGUCCAAAGCUGACCUGGUUGUGGCUGCGCAGUUCCUUCUUCUGCCUCGUUAAAAGUCAAAUGUGUCUGCUGGUGUCCUCCUGCAUCGCUCCGUACCUCUUCCCUUUGUUCAUCCCUCUGUACGGAAACUUUUAUACCCAAAAGUGGUUGAACGCCUACCAGAAUGCUGCAUCGUUCCAUUUCAGUAAUUACUUUGUGGGUCAUCUGAGUGAAGGUACUGGUAUGUUGGCUGGAGCGGGUUUCACAGAAGAAAAAGACAACAUCCGAUGGGACCUCAGUGUGGUGAAACCUCUGAGUGUGGAGAUGCCCCGCUCCAUGGUUCUGGUGGUCACAUCCUGGAACAUACCAAUGUCUGUUUGGCUCAAAACCUAUGUGUUUAAAAAUGCCAUGAAGCUGGGAACAUUUCCUGCUAUCCUGAUCACAUACACAGCUAGUGCCAUGCUGCACGGUCUGAGUUUUCACCUGGGAGCUGUCCUGAUCUCCUUGGGACUCAUCACGUAUGUGGAACAUGUUCUGAGAACAAAACUUGGAUCCAUCCUCAGUGCCUGUAUCUUGUCCAGACCCUGUCUGUCCAACUGCGCCCACCAACACAAGAAGAACUACUGGGUGAAGCUGCUGAACCUGCUCUUUAGUGUUCUGGUGGUCUUCCAUUUGACCUACCUCGGCUCCAUGUUUGAUCCUGGAGCUGAUGAACAGGAAGUUGAAGAGGGUUACACAGCCAUCCAUACCAUCCAGAGGUGGUCUGAACUGAACUGGGCCAGCCACUGGGUCGUCUUCGGUUUCUGGAUCUUCUAUCGUCUGAUUCGCUGAGCUGAUU